AUGCUCAAAUCUGCAAUUAGAGGUCUGUUGAACAAUCAGGGUCACCAAGAACUUUCUAUUAACUUCAAUCUCUACGCACUUAUUCCUACAAAAUCAACGGCAGAGGUUUCUGAAUAUUUUUAUGUGGCUCCUAACCCGAAUCAAGUACAAAAAUCUCAACCAGCUGAAGAUGGCAGACUUUUCGGGGAAGCAAUUGUUGACAUUGUUGAUGUUUGUGAUGACAUUAUUGAUAUAUCUGAAGAUGUUGAAAUUAUUGAUGACAUUUCAUCUGAAUUGUUUAGAAGUUAA